AGUGAGUGUGCUGCGCUCGCCCUGCACCGCUGUGACACUGCCGAGCUGCCUCCACCGCGCUCAGCUGGACAUGUGAUUCCCUGCGAGUUACUCUCCCUGCUUCCUGUGAGCUGCAGCGAACUGUCCGGGUCCAGGUGCCGCUGCCUCCUCUCCUCUCCUCUCCUCUACGGGCUGCCUCCUUCUAUGGCGUCCAUCUACAGCGGCUCCCACACCUUGAGCAAGCAUGAUGUGAACUACAGGAUGCAUUUCCGAAUGAUAAACGAGCAGCAGGUCGAGGAUAUCACCAUCGAGUUCUUCUACAGGCCGCACACCAUCACCCUGCUGACAUGCACGGUGCUCAGUCUGAUGUACUUCGCCUUCGCGAGAGAUGAUGGAAACACUGACAGUAACCUCUGGGUGGGGCUCAUCCUGGUCACCUCCUUCUUCCUUGUCAUCAGUGUUUUGGCCUUUCCAAACGGCCCAUUCACCAGGCCACACCCAGCGAUAUGGCGAAUGGUUUUUGGUCUGAGUGUCCUCUACUUCCUGUUCCUGGUUUUCAUCAUCUUCCUCAACUGGCAGCAGGUGAAACAGCUGAUGUACUGGUUGGACCAAAACCUGCGCUACGCCAAGAGAGAAGCAGACGUAAUGGAAUAUGCUGUGAACUGCACUGACAUCACCUGGGACAGAAUCCUGAGCCAUUUUGACAUUUUUGCAUUCAGCCAUUUCUGGGGUUGGGGCAUGAAGGCCCUGCUCAUUCGAAGCUAUGGCCUGUGCUGGACCAUCAGUAUUACCUGGGAGCUAACUGAGCUGUUCUUCAUGCAUCUGCUGCCUAACUUUGCUGAGUGCUGGUGGGACCAGGUGAUUCUGGACAUUCUGCUGUGUAAUGGAGGGGGCAUCUGGCUUGGCAUGACUGUGUGUCGCUUUUUGGAGAUGAGGACCUACCACUGGGCCAGUAUUAAGGACAUCCACACCACCACUGGGAAGAUCAAACGAGCCGCGCUACAGUUCACCCCUGCAAGCUGGACCUACGUGCGCUGGCUGGACCCCAAGUCUUCACUGCAGCGAGUGAUGGGCGUCUAUCUCUUCAUGAUCAUCUGGCAGCUAACCGAGUUGAACACAUUCUUCCUGAAGCACAUCUUUGUGUUUCCUGCGUGCCAUGCUCUGAGCUGGUGUCGAAUCUUGUUUGUCGGUAUCAUCACAGCUCCAACCGUCAGGCAGUAUUAUGCGUACCUGACAGACACACAAUGCAAGAGAGUUGGGACCCAGUGUUGGGUGUUUGGGGCUAUUGCUUUCCUGGAGGCCUUGGCCUGCAUUAAGUUUGGACAGGACUUGUUUUCAAAAACACAGAUCCUCUAUGUGAUCCUCUGGCUAGUGUGUUUGGCCUUCAUUACAUUCCUGUGCCUGUAUGUAAUGGUGUGGUAUGCAGAAAAUUAUGGUCCAAGAGGAAAGUGCUUCUCAGAAUGCGACGACAGUAAUUACACAGAAUAUGAUGAACAGGUGUCAGAAGUAUUUAAAGGAGAGACGGAGUUGGAUGAGGACAUCCCUACAACCAGAUGGAGAGGGAAGGGCUCAGAGACCAAAUCCACCAACGGCCUGGACGGCCAGUAAGAGCCAGAAGGUGGCGGGUGACUCUUAAACUCACCCCGAGGAGCCAGGUGUGAAGGAUCACGGGUUUGACCAGGGGGUGAAAGAUAUUACCACGCCCUGGUAUUAUUGAAGUCUAGAACCCACCCACCCCCCCACCUAUUGUAGACCGAGUGGAGACGGGCGAGACUAAGUGGAUGACCAGGUCCAUGUAGUGUAAUUAGGGGUGUUCCGAGGGUUGGGCUACAGAGAGGCACACUAAACCGUGUGCUGUAGUACUAAAAGCUCCUAAAUCACUGAUCACAGGUUUGUGUAUUUGUGUGAGGAGAGUGAGAAACAGUGGAUUUUUUGGUGUGUGAGAGAGAGAAAGAGGUGGCAAUAAAAAGAGCCGAUUCUAGAUGUGACUGCAUGCAUCAUAGUAGCUGAUAAACUAUAAUUUUCAAACAUUUAUCCUACAAUAUAUCAAAUACAUACAGUAUAUCAGUGAUGGUUAAUGUGCAUUUGACUGGUUUAUACACCAGCCUUAACUCCAGUAUGUUGGGUCAACACAUUUCAAUGUUAAAAGCCAUUUUGUUGAAUUUAUCCCAUUAAUUGGAGCCUUUAUGUUUCUAGCACAGAAAGGCUAAAAGUCUUUUUUUAUUAGUACCUGUCACAGAUUGUCUAUUCACAUCCUAGGUGUUCACAUUUACUUUGUGUUUUUUUUUUUAUUUUGUACUUGAAUGUGGACAGGAUUUCGAUGCAGGAUGGCUUUAGCUUUGAUCAGAUCAUCGUCUGAGUUUUGCAUUCGACCUUGAACAAAGCUAAGCACACAGUUUAAGCACUUUUCAGAAUGUUAUCUUGGAGAUACUGUACUGUUGGAAUAUUUUGUGAAUCGUUUGUGACCUUGAGUCAUUUAUACUCUCGCUCUCUCCCUGUCCAUCUGUGGCUGCUAUAUUUUCUCUUUUUUUUUCACUGUACUGAAAAAGGUGGGCAACUAUUCAAAAUUCCUGCAUGUGUUGUCUGUCUCCUCCUGUUGUGUGCGGGUGCUUUGGUUCUACUGUCGACCUGCUUUUCAUUGAAUUUGUUGCAUUUUCAUAGCUCGGUCAAAUUAUUUCACUUUUUUUAGUAAGAAAAUGUUUUGAAUAGUCAACACAUGGUUUUAUCACACCACAAACCAGGAUGCCAGUAUUGUUCUUAUGUCUUUCUCUGAACUUGUAACAUUUUAAUUCACACAUUGUGCCUGUUUGCAUGGUCUUUUUUUUUUAUCUAAACUUUUCUGUUUCUAUCGAGACUACACUUGGGAUUUUUGUGUUCAUUUCCACUGCCCAUAUUAUAGCAUCUCCGUGCAGAUAUAUCCCUCAUAGUCCUUGACAAUCCAGACGUUGACCUCGGUGGAACGGACCAUGCUACAGUAAAUUAUAUAAAUGGUACAUUGUCUCUGGAUUUCAAAUGUAGUUUGCCAAAAAAAAAAAAUCUGCUGAAAAUGACUUGUGCUGUUCUUUUUCACUGUGAAACAAUGAAACAUAUUAAAAUAUUUUACAUCUCCUCUUAAA